AUGGCUGAAUCUCCUGAAUAUCCGUCUACCUUGAAUGGUAUCUUUGACGGGGCUUCCCCCCUCAAGGAGCGCCUCGAUCCAAUCCGAUUGGCUUCAGAGAACAUCGUCCCAAUCUUCAACCUGCCCCUCUCCCAAAAGAUCCUGGGCCACGAUGCCUCGAACGAGUCCCUUGCGCAGGUCGCACAAGGCGAUACGUCCUAUACAUCCUUUGUCGCGGAGCAGGCACGCGCCGCCCUCCAGUCCACCGAUGACCUGUCCACUGAACAAAAGCAGUCUCAAAUCCUACACCUCGGACUUGCGGCUUUGUUCGGCUUCCUGCAGUCCAAUGUCACCGGUCCUCCCCUCGAAUUCAACUCGGCUGAAGUCUCGCUGCCAUCGUCCCUGCGAACCGAAACUGCAACCCUCAAAGCCGUCCGGGCCAAAAUCAUUCGCGACUUGACUAUUGAUGGAGAGGCAGCAUACAAGCUCACACCCAACCCGGAAUUGUUUUCUAUCGCCAAGGCUUUGUUGAGCGAUGCUUCCAGCGAGGGACCGCUUGUGGCCAGCACAGCACGCAUGCGCGUCAACUUCUUGCACCAGAAGAUGUUGUCCGAGGUCACGAGCACCCUGCAGGAUGCUAUUUACAAUGACGUCGAGGUGUUGAACAAGGCCGAGCUGAAUGCAGACGAGAGAGGACGGUUCCUGCUGGAAAGGGCCAUCAUCAAUACACACCACGGCUUUGAUGUCAAGGCUCGGGCAGAUAUCGACGAAGCCGCCAAGGCGCGGCAAUUCGAGUUUGCGCUGACCGGUAAGCUGGGUAAGCGCACAAAGUUCCAGAACCGCGAUAUCAGUCAGCUGGUUGUGUUGGCUAAGAGUGCCGACGAGGCAUCCUUGUCUUCAAAGCCCUCCGGUCCCAAGAAUGUGGAUUUAAAUGACGAUACGCUACUUGAGGCCAUUUCUUUCACAGAAUCAAAGCCUGAUGAGCAAGACAAGGCAAUUCAGGGCAAGCUGUCGGCCAGCUUGGAUGCCGUCGAUGCCAACAACCAACCCAUGCUUAACCCUGUGGACUCUGCUCUUCUUUUGGCUCUUGCCUCAGCAAUUACUAAUACCGCACCUGAGAACGGUCUCACCCGUGAAGAAACACACCCCUACGCUACUCGUGUUCUCGAUGGUGGCAGUUCUAACUGGCAGAUUUACACACAAGGACUUUUGGUCCGUAGUCGGGUAGAGGGCUACCGUUCUCGUACCGUUGAGCGUGCCGUUCUACAAAUGCAAGCGCUCGUGGACCAAGUCAUUGCCGACACUGCUACGUCUGACGCAGCCGCUCAGACAGAAUCUGGCGAGCCUACAACAUUCUUGCCACGUCCUGAGCAAUCUGAAUCUGCCCCAGCUGCUGACCGUCUCGAGCACAUUUGGAUUCUCAAUUUCUCAACAAGAUGGAACCUUGAGGCUGAGCUGGCCAAGCGCUGGGUUGACCUCGGUGGUCUACGCACCGCUCUCGAGAUCUACGAGAGAUUGCACAUGUGGGCUGAGGCCGCACUCUGCUACGCCGCAACCGAGCGUGAAGAGAAGGCAAAGAGUAUCGUCCGCCGCCAACUGUACCAGCCCACUGGGCCAGAUGAGGAUGCCGAAAAUGAGCAAUUCGAUGGACCAGAGCGGUCACCAUUGCCGGCAGACGCACCUCGUCUGCUCUGUAUCCUUGGAGACAUUGACAAGGACGAAACCUUGUACGAGCGUGCUUGGGAGGUUUCUGGGCAGCGAUACGCUCGUGCCCAACGUUCUCUUGCUCGUCACUACCUCGCCCUCACACCACCUGAAUUAGAAAAGGCCGAGGAAGCCUACAAGAAGAGUCUACACGUCAACCGCUUAAACCACGGAGCAUGGUUCGCUCUUGGCUGUGUCCAGCUUGAGCAACAAAAAUGGGAAGAAGCCACCGACACCUUCACCCGCACCGUCCAAAUCGAUGACACAGACGGUGAAGCCUGGUCUAACCUUGCCGCCGCCAUGCUCCGCUCAUCAGCACCAGAGUCAUCCGGCCCAGAAGUGGUAGUCGACGAGGCCACUGGCGAGAUCACAACUCAAGACAAUGAACUCCACAAGCGCAAGCGCGAAGCCCUCGCCGCCCUCCAGCGCGCAGCGCAACUUAAAAAUACCGACGCCCGCAUCUGGGACAACGUCCUCACAGUUGCAGCAUCCAUCCCACCUCCAUCAACGCCAUUCCGUGAUCUGGUCACCGCUCAAAGACGGAUCAUCGAGCUUGUCGGAGCGAAGAAGGGCGAGAAGUGCGUCGAUGGCCCUAUCCUGGCUAUGCUGGUCGAAUUCCUGACGUCGGCAUUUGAAUACGAGCGCCUUCUCAUCCGCUCCGAGGAUCCCUCCGAGGCUCCCAUCGUUCGCACGGGUACAAUCCCCGGCCAAAUUAUCACCCUCAUCGACCAAAGUAUCGUCCCACUCAUCACUCACUCCGCAGCCCUGUGGCUAGUCGUCGCCCGCGUCGAGAUCUGGCGUGAACGUCCCUUCGCCGCAUUCGAGGCCCACGAAAAGGCCUGGCGCGCUACUGUCGCUGCUAACGCACAAGGUGCCUUCCAGAUGGGCGAUGAGAAGCCCUGGCUGGAACUUGUCCGUGCUACUGAGAAACUCGUCCGGGAUGGAUACGCCAAGUAUGGCCCCAUGGACCGUGAAGAUCAAAUCGUUGAGGGGGAUGCCGAGGCCGAGCUCGUCGCUCGCGAUUGGCGGUUCAAGGCUCGCAGUGCCGUGCGCGGAAUCAUGGGCAAGGGCAAGGACUUCUGGGAAGAUAGCGAAGGCUGGCUCCGUCUGAAGGAGUUGCAGUCUGAGGUUACGGGCAACUAA